AUGUCAAUGCGCAGCUCGUGCUUUUGCGGCACAGCUCGCCGGCACACGCCCAGCCACCAGCCCGCGCUGGCGCCCAUCUUUGGCGCGCGCGUGUACGGCCAGGUCGCCACGCUGGCGCUCGAGGGCGAGGACAGCCCUCUGGGGUCGGUUGGCGUCGCGAGCGACCACGCGGGCGCCUGGUACGUCUCGACCAAGGACUCGCUGCUGCACGUCUCGGCGGCCGGGCGCGUGCGCCGUGUGGCAGCCUUGCCGGCAGCAUUGCUGCCAGCCAACAGCAUUGCUGCCAGCCCAGACGGGAGCGCGGCGUUUGUGGCAGACUACGACAACAACGCGAUUCGGAGGGUGGAGGUUGCGACUGGUGCUGUGACGACGCUCGCGGGCAGCGGCAUAAAGGGCAGCGCCGACGGCGUGGGUGACGCGGCGGAGUUCGACGAACCAGCUGGCAUCGCCAUCAGCCCCGGCGGCGGCGCGCUGUUUGUGGCGGACUUCCACAGCCACAAGAUCCGGCGGGUUGAGGUGGCGACUGGCGCGGUGACCACGCUCGUGGGCAGCGGCGAGGCUGGCGACGCGGACGGCGUGGGCGACGCGGCGGAGUUCUGCAACCCGACUGGCAUCGCCAUCAGCCCAGACGGCGGCGCAUUGUUUGUGGCGGACAGCGACAGCAGCAAGAUCCGGCGGGUUGAGGUGGCGACAGGUGAGGUGACCACGCUCGCGGGCAGCGGCGAGGAAGGCGACGCGGAUGGCGUGGGCGACGCGGCGGAGUUCUGCCACCCCUACGGAGUCGCCAUCAGCCCAGACGGCUGCGCGUUGUUUGUGGCGGACCAAUGCAACGACAAGAUCCGGCGGGUUGAGGUGUCGACUGGCGAGGUGACGACGGUCGCGGGCAGCGGCACCAGGGGCAGCGCCGAUGGCGUGGGCGACGCGGCGGAGUUCGAAGGCCCAGCUGGCAUCGCCAGCAGCCCCGACGGCAGCACGCUGUUGGUUGCCUCGGACGAUGGCCUUCGCCAGGUCUGCGUGGCGGCGCCUCCUCCGCCUCCCUCCUUUGCCCCGAUCGUCGUUCCGCCUUCGACCCUUGGAGCUGACUUCGCAAAGACGCGGGGCGACGCUUCCCUCCCGGAGGGGAAAGUCACCUUCCUGGUCGGCGACGACGAGGAGCGCAUCGAGCACGUGAGCAAGAACAACCUCUGCGCCCGGUCCCCGGUCUUUCGGACCAUGUUUGGCAUCGGCAUGAAGGAGCGCGACGCCGCCGAGGUCACGGUGUCCCACACCGACCUCGUCAGCUUCACCGCCCUCAUCGACUACCUCCUCUCCGACAAGUUCGACCUCGGCGAGGAGGAGGGCAGGGCGCAGCGCGCGCUCGACCUGCGGGAGCUGGCGCAGAUGUACCAGGUGCCGCGCCUCGAGCUGCUCUGCGCGCAGGCGCUGCAGGAGAGCGUCGCGCCGGCGACCGCCGUGCCGCUGCUCGAGGCGGCGCACACGAUGAGCGACGGGCGCCUCCUCGCGCAGUGCCGCCGCUUCGUGGCCGACCACGCCGCCGAGGUGCGGGCGAGCGGCGGCGUGGAGCAGCUGCGCGACCUGGGCGUGGCUAAGGGGCUGCUCGGCGACGCGCUCGACCAGGUGGCGGAGCUCAAGGGGACGGUGGCGGCGCUGAACGGCACGCAGGGCUGA